UUCCUCUUGUGAUAUGAAGUUAAUUUUGAUACAUAAAGUAAGACUCGGAGUUUUCGAAAUAUUUGUUUGGUUGGCGCUAAGCACAGCAUUAAAAUUUUACCUUGAGGAUGAAGUUCAAAAUCCAAAGUUUAAAGGUGAGCAUGGAUACCCUACCCUAACCUAAAGAGGCCCCACAGCCAUAGUGGCAAAUGACUCAAAAGCCAUGCAAUGUACAAAACACAGUUUCGGACCAAACAUAACUCCCCCGAAACCCCCUCAAAAUUACAGCGUUUGCCCCCGUAAGGUGGUCCAUAAAUAACGGAGUCCUGCAACGCUUUUCUUCCCUUUCUCCCUCCUCUCCUCCUCCGCCUCUAGUUUCAAAAAACCCCGUCACUCUGCCGCCGCAACCAUGCUCACCACCCUCCCUCCCUCCGACCCCCUCGUGGGCAACCCAUUCUCCGCCUUCUCUGUCGACUUCACCGCCUGGGAGGACGACUCCCACCACCUCCUCUCCCCCAAACCCGUCACUUCCAGCUCCGGCUCCGACAAACCGGAGCCGGAGACAGCUGAACCGGACCAACCGGUGGUGUCGGUGGUGGACGAGCGGAAACUCCGGCGCAUGAUAUCGAACCGCGAAUCUGCCCGCAGGUCUCGCAUGCGAAAACAGAGACACCUGGAGAACCUUCGGAACCAGUUGAACAAGUGCAGGGUCGAAAACCGGGAACUGAAUAACCGGUUGCAGUUCGUCCUGCACCACUGUAACCGCCUCCGUAACGAAAACGAAUGGCUCCGGUCCCAGCGAACCCUCCUCCUCCAAAAAGUCGCCAACUUAACCCAAAUUUUGAUUUUCCAACAAUUCCAACAACCCAUCUCCCCUGCAUGGACAUGCAACACUUCGCUCAUCCCAAUUAAUCAAGUUAAUUAAAUCAUAUAUAAUACGCUCUAUGUAAUUAUUAAAAGUUAGAUCAAGAUAAGAAGAUGUUAAAAGGCUGGGAUUUUUGGGAUUGGGAUAACAUAUAUAUUUAGACUCGGUUUUGAAAAUAUUUCUUUAUUAUUUUCAAAACCGUAUGCCAUAUAUAUAUAUUACCGAUCGUAAUUAUUA